CUAUCGGAUGUGGUAUAAAGAUUUGAGAAUAAAAAUCACAACAAAGACAAAAAUAUGGCUUGUGGUCGGUAGCAUAUUUGUAAGAGUCGUUUUCCGCUUGUUUCGCGUCCAAGACAACAAGGUCAUGGGGGGAAAUACAAGUAAACUCUCUGCUGAAGAAAUCAAAGAGCUGCAAAAAUCCACAUACUUUGAUAAGAAAGAACUUCAGAAAUGGUACCGUGAUUUUAUGAAAGAUUGUCCGUCCGGAGAAUUAAAACAGGAGGAAUUUCAGAAAAUAUACCAACAGUUUUUUCCAUUUGGUAAUCCAACACAUUUUUCCCAGUUUGUGUUCAAAGUUUUUGAUAGAGAUGCGGAUGGUUCAAUCAGCUUUGCUGAAUUUAUCACAGCAUUAUCCAUCACAUCUAGAGGAAGCUUAGAUGAAAAGUUAGAGUGGGCCUUUUCACUGUAUGACUUGGACAGGGAUGGUUACAUUACCAGGCCAGAAAUGCUGCAAAUAGUUGAAGCCAUUUAUUGCAUGGUGGGUAAUUUAGCCAAUUUACCACAAGAUGAAGAUACUCCAGAAAAAAGAGUUGAAAAAAUAUUCAAACAAAUGGACAAAAAUAAGGACGGUAAACUGACGAUGGAAGAGUUUCGAGAAGGAUCAAAAUGUGAUCCAUGGAUUGUUCAAGCAUUAGCAAUAGAUCUACCUCAAGAUAUUGAUCAACCAGUGACGGAAGGCUAGCGGAAUAUGAAGCUGAGGUAAUCUGUUAAGCCACAGUAGAUCCCGUGAAGGAUCGUCAUAUUUAUUCAAAUUAAUCUAUUUAAGUAACGACACAAUUGCAUUGGAAGUAUUAAUAUUCCCAUAACGAAUGAACUAUAUAUAUAUGGACUCUUAAAACACAUUGCACUUGUCCUAAAAACUGCUGGACAUUUUAAAUGUAAAAUUGGUACGGAUAUUAUGUGAUGGUAUACAUAGGACUUCCCUUUGCAAAACUAUUUUAUGUAGUAACCUUAAUCAGGAACACUGUAGACGUACUAUAUUGUUGAACUUGCAAUUUUUAAACGAAAUUCCAUCAACAUUUUAUGAAUUAUUGGUCGCCUUAAAAAAAUGUUCUUGAAAUGAGCAGCAAAAAUUUUACAUAAUAGUUCCAUGUAGGGAACAUGCUGUUAUCAAAAUAUGAUUCAAAUUAAGAUGAGAUUUAAAAAAAAAAAAAUAACCGGCAUGUUUCUGAUAUGCGCGCACGUCUUCAUAUGAUGAGGAUUGGAUUUCGUUGCUUUUUAAUGUUGUAUUUAUAACUGAUAUAUAUUUAAAGUAUAUAAAAUAGGAGUUACCAUAUUAUAAAAUAUGUUGUAGCUAUAGUGUAGAGUAUUAUAAUAUGUAAAUGUUACGAUAUUCUUACUAAGUUAAAUAAAAUAG